AUGAAGAAUCAAGAACUUUCACAGAGGUAUUGUCGAGAGAAAUCUAUCCUUUAUGAUGGAGUUGAUACUAAAGAUAAAGUAGAGCAUAGAUAUCGUCUUCAAGGAGAAGAAUUUGAUAAAGCUUACACUUUCUACGAAAAGCCUCAAACAGAUCAUACUGAAGUUUUGCGGAAACCAACAAAAGUUGAUAAAGUCACUGUCGACAUGAAAGAUAUUGAACAAUUUGAAGAGACAGAAGAACAAAAAUAUCCUAAAGCCCAUGAUGUUGGACGUAUUUUGAUUGAUGAAACACCAGAAGAUAAAACACAACAAACGAAGAUUGAUCACAGCAAAUGGGAAGCGUUGAAACCUAGCUUUGAUACAAGUGAACGUACCUAUAGUGUUACAAAGCAUACAACAACAAAAGAUAAAAUCAUGAAAGUUGGUACUCUUGACGUGAUUGGUUUGGAGAAAACCUACAAGCAAUAUGAAGAGCCACAAACAACAAAGCCAAAAGACAAGUUGGAAGAAACUUUCACAGAUGUUGUAACUGAAGAGAAAAAAGAUUUUCGAGUAGACAAAUAUCGACAGCCGACACAUGAAGAAGCAAGAUCUUUCACAGAUGGUAUGGUCGAGAGGAAAUCUAUCCUUUAUGAUGGAGUUCAUACUAAAGAUAAAGUAGAGCAUAGAUAUCGUCUUCAAGGAGAAGAAUUUGAUAAAGCUUACACUUUCUACGAAAAGCCUCAAACAGAUCAUACUGAAGUUUUGCGGAAACCAACAAAAGUUGAUAAAGUCACUGUCGACAUGAAAGAUAUUGAACAAUUUGAAGAGACAGAAGAACAAAAAUAUCCUAACGCCCAUGAUGUUGGACGUAUUUUGAUUGAUGAAACACCAGAAGAUAAAACACAACAAACGAAGAUUGAUCACAGCAAAUGGGAAGCGUUGAAACCUGGCUUUGAUACAAGUGAACGUACCUAUAGUGUUACAAAGCAUACAACAACAAAAGAUAAAAUCAUGAAAGUUGGUACUCUUGACGUGAUUGGUUUGGAGAAAACCUACAAGCAAUAUGAAGAGCCACAAACAACAAAGCCAAAAGACAAGUUGGAAGAAACUUUCACAGAUGUUGUAACUGAAGAGAAAAAAGAUUUUCGAGUAGACAAAUAUCGACAGCCGACACAUGAAGAAGCAAGAACUAUCACAGAUGGUAUUGUCGAGAGGAAUUCUAUCCUUUAUGAUGGAGUUGAUACUAAAGAUAAAAUCAUACUGAAGUUUUGCGGAAACCAACAAAAGUUGAUAAAGUCACUGUCGACAUGA